AUGUCACUUUUCAGUGUCGGCGGCAGCACCACGGCCGCGGCGGGCGCAACAAACACCACGGGUGAUAUCUCCAAGGAUGUCGCUUUGAACCAGCCCCCCGAGGAUGGCAUCUCGGAUCUCCGUUUCUCGCCUGCUAGCGACCACCUUGCCGUGGCUUCGUGGGAUAAGAAAGUCCGCAUUUAUGAAAUCAACGACCAAGGUCAGAGUGAAGGGAAGGCGCUUUUCGAGCACGAAGCUCCGGUUCUGAACUGUUGCUGGUCUCCGGAUGGAACCAAGGUCGUCGGGGCCGGUGCCGACAAGGCUGCCCGUAUGCUCGACCUCGGAGCAGGCCAGACGACAGCUGUUCAAGUUGCCGCACACGACGCGCCCAUCCGAAGCUGCCACAUGAUCCCCAAUCCCUCUGUCGGCGGCCAACCACUCUUGAUCACCGGUUCGUGGGACAAGACCGUCAAAUACUGGGAUCUGCGUCAAUCUACACCAAUCGCCUCGGUCGAGUGCCAGGAGCGCAUCUACACCAUGGAUGUCAAGAACAAGCUGCUGGUUGUCGGUACCGCAGACCGCUAUAUUAACAUUAUCAACCUCGACCAGCCUACCAAAUUCUACAAGACCAUGCAAUCCCCCCUGAAGUGGCAGACGCGGGUAGUCAGCUGCUUCGCCGAUGCUUCCGGUUUCGCUGUCGGCUCUGUCGAGGGUCGUUGCGCCAUCCAGUACGUCGAAGAGAAGGACUCGGCCUCGAACUUCUCUUUCAAGUGCCACCGUGAGACUCCUCCCACCCAGCGUGACAUCUGCAACAUCUACUCCGUCAACUCUAUCACGUUCCACCCCGUCCACGGCACCUUCAGCACCGCAGGUUCCGACGGUACUUUCCACUUCUGGGAUAAGGACGCCAAGCACCGUCUCAAGGGUUACCCAGCUGUUGGUGGUCCUAUCACUACUACCGGCUUCAACCGCACUGGAAACAUCUUCGCUUACUCCGUCAGCUACGACUGGAGCAAGGGUUACUCCGCCAACACCCAGCAGACUACCAACAAGGUCAUGCUGCACCCUAUCGGACCUGAUGAAACUAAGCCGCGACCAAACACGCGGAAGCGUUGA